AAUAAAUUUUGUUAAAGAAUAUCCAUUUUUUUUCUCUGUGGAAUAAUAAAGCUUAAUUUGUUAAAAAUGCAGAUCUUGUCUAGAUUGGCAACGGCUUGCACUAAAGUCGGCCUUAAGGUAAAUCGUCAAGUUGGCCAACCAGCAAAGGCUAACUUUUCAUUGCAGAGGCGUUGCCUUUAUAGUACGCCUCUGCUGAAGGAUGACGACGACAAAUGUAAUAAGUCUUGUCCGGAUGAAGAAAGCACAAAAGAUUCUUGUGAAAGUGGCGCAAAAGGUGGAAAGGAAGGUGGCGGAGAUAAGUCAAAGUUGGUUGGGAAAGGUAGAGAGGGCAUAAUUCACGCUGUCAUUGGACCAGUAAUCGAUGUUUACUUUCCUGAUGAGAUGCCAGAAGUGCUGAAUGCCAUGGAAGUACAAGACGCCCCUAUUGGUCGUUUAGUAUUAGAGGUCUUUCAUCAUCUAGGCAACAAUGUUGUCCGGUGCGUCGCUAUGGAUUCCACGGACGGGCUCAGACGUGGACAGAAAGUCAUUGAUACUGGGUACCCAAUUAGGGUGCCUGUGGGCAAAACUGUAUUGGGUCGCAUCAUAAACGUGGUGGGUGAUCCAAUAGACGAGCGCGGCGAGAUAAAGAGCGAGUUUUACUCAUUUAUACACAAUGAAGCUCCACUCCUGGAGGAAUUGAGCGUAAAGCCUGAGAUUUUAGUCACAGGCAUCAAGGUGAUUGAUCUACUUGCACCCUAUGUAAAGGGCGGAAAAAUUGGUCUCUUUGGAGGAGCUGGUGUUGGAAAAACGGUGUUAAUUAUGGAGCUCAUCAAUAACAUUGCCAAGUCCCAUGGCGGCUAUUCAGUGUUUGUUGGUGCCGGAGAACGUACCCGAGAGGGCAACGAUCUGUACCAUGAGAUGAUCGAGACCAAAGUUAUUUCUCUAGAGGAUGAUACGUCGAAGGUGGCGCUCGUCUAUGGCCAAAUGAAUGAGCCACCUGGCGCUCGCAGUCGGGUUGUGUUGACUGGUCUAACUAUUGCUGAAUACUUUCGGGAUAUUGAUGGACAGGAUGUACUACUUUUCAUAGAUAAUAUAUUCCGAUUCACUCAAGCUGGCUCUGAGGUGUCCGCGCUGCUUGGUCGUAUACCCUCCGCCGUUGGCUACCAGCCCACGCUCGGCACAGACAUGGGCACCAUGCAAGAGCGCAUUACCAGUACUAAAAAUGGUUCGAUUACUUCUGUGCAAGCGGUCUAUGUGCCGGCAGAUGAUUUGUCUGAUCCGGCGCCAGCUGCUACCUUUUCCCACUUGGAUGCAACUACUGUACUGUCCCGCCCAAUUGCCGAAUUGGGUAUUUAUCCAGCUGUGGAUCCGUUGGACUCUUCAUCCCGUGUUCUCGAUCCCGAUAUUGUGGGUGACGAGCACUAUAAUGUCGCCCGGGCCGUGCAGAAAACACUGCAGGGAUACAAGUCAUUGCAGGACAUCAUUGCCAUUCUUGGCAUGGAUGAGCUUUCUGAGGAGGACAAGCUAACAGUGGCAAGGGCUCGCAAAAUGCAACGUUUCCUCUCUCAGCCAUUCCAAGUCGCUGAGGUGUUCACUGGCACUCCCGGCAAGCUAGUGCCUGUAGAGAAGUCUGUGGAUGGGUUUAAGCGGCUGCUAAAUGGCGAAUACGAUGACAUACCGGAAAUAGCAUUUUAUAUGGUCGGGGACAUUGAUGAAGUUCUGGCCAAAGCAAAUCAGUUGGCAACAAGCAUGGCCGCCGAUGGACCCCCCAAACCCAAGGAAGCGCCCAAAGAUGACAAGAAAGGAAAGGAGGACCCGAAAGCUAAGGCCGAUCCGAAAGCAAAGGUCGAUCCGAAAGCUAAGGCCGACGCCAAGCCACCCAAGGCAGAGGCUAAAGAUGCAAAGAAGCCAGAAAAGGGAAAAGAUGACAAAGCCAAGGACAAGAAAGACGAUCCCAAAGACAAGAAGAAAUAGAUUUUCUGCUACCAU